UCCGUGCUGGGACGGGUCGGUUUCACUUUGCUGGAGGGUGCGGGAUAGCGCUGGGCGGCGGAAUGGUCCGGGGGCUCCUUCCCCAGCUCCUCGUGGUUUGCUUCAUUAUUGAAACACAAUGCAAAAAUAAUACUGAAGCUCUAACACACAUAACAUACAAUAAAUUAAUUACAAGAAGGAUUGUUGCUAAGAGAGAAAUUAAGUGUAACCUGGAUGAAUACAAUUUAGGUGCUCAGUGUUGCAAGAAAUGUAAACGUGGUUUUGUUAAAAGUAUCAAUUGCCCAACAGAUAUCAAUGCACACUGCAGACCAUGUGAAGAUGGCAAGGAGUACAUAGAUCAUAACAAUGAUUUGAAUAAGUGUUUGAGAUGCUAUUUAUGUGACAGCAUAUUCGGUUUGGAGGUUGCAAAGAACUGUACACCAGCACAGAACACAGAAUGCACCUGUGCAAAGAACCAUUUUUGCAAUUCUUCUGUGCCAUGUAGCCAUUGUGAUCCAUGUACCAUAUGUGAAAGUGGAGUAAUUGAAAAACAAUGUACUUCAACUUCAGACACUGUGUGUGGAAUGAAAGAAACACGCGUGCCAGAGUGGACCAUUGCUUUGAUAACUGUGUUAGUAGUACUAGCAAUAGCUGGAGCAAUAAUCUAUUACAAGAAAAGACAGAAGGGUCUUACUAGCAAGGAGAAGCCAGGUGAAGUAGUCCCCAAACCAGGGAUUUCUUAUGACAAUGUACCUCUCAUAUACACAGAUGUUGACCUGAGCAGCCAUGUAGCUGGUAUUGUGGAGGAGAUGACGCUCCAAGAAGUCAAGACAUUUGUUCGUAAUCACAAAGUACCAGAACCCAUCAUAGAUCAAACUGUUCGGGAUUAUUUUAGUGAUACAUCUGAACAGAAGAUUAAGCUGUUUCAAGUCUGGUAUCAAAGACAUGGAAUAAAAGGAGCCUAUGGAACCCUAAUAAGCAGUUUGAGAGAAUUUAAGAUGUGCACUGCAGCUGAUAAAAUUGAGGAAAAACUGAAGGCAGCUGUUUCCAUCUGUCAGGAAGAGGGACAGUCUUACAAUGAUGACACUGAGCAAAGCCAAACCUGCACUCAGGAAGGUAGAAACUCCUACAAUGAUAGUGCUGACCUAAGUAAAACCUGUUUUGGUAGUUUGGAAGAGACAUAGGACAGAGUCAUUUGAAAAUUAUUUCCGACUGAAUUAGUAUUUUUCCAAUAAUAUAAAUAACAAAGCUUUUUAAUGCAAUUUUAAUUGGAAGUUCUGAUUAAUUCAAGUAAGUUAUUAUAUGAACAAGGAAUAAUUACAAUUUUUAUAGAAUAUCUUUCCUUUAAAAAAAGUUUUAGCUUCUUUUCGGUUGUUAAGAUCUGGAAGGAGAAGUUUUAUGGCUUAUUUAACAAAAAGCUACAAUAUAAGAGUCCAGCUACAGGAUUCACUACCACAAGAAAGAAGAAGUAGUCAUUUGAAAAAAAAGUUUAGUCUAAAUGUAUGGUCCCACAUUACUUAAUUGAUGUGAUGUUUUGCUUACAUUAAAAUGGUGGGAUGCUGAAUUUUUCAAACUGAAAACUCUGGUGUUAAGAGUCUACGAAGCAUACUAGGAAGAAUACCUGAACAGAAAAAAAAUGUAUAAUGUACACCUGAUUAAUUUUGAAUAUAAGUCUUGCUGUGUAAUUAAAUUCUACUCCGUUGUAAAUGAGAUUUUUCCCUUGUAUAAAAGUACCUGUUUGUGUAUUUAUGUGUGUAUACAUGUGCGAGUUUUCUAUGAAAAAGCUCCUAGUGCUAAGUAAAAAUUAUUUCCCUUGUCUUCUGCAA